AAAGAGCCCUAGUGGUCUCAAUCAGAAACAACAAGCUGCUCUGAAUUUCCAUGGAACGCUCUAAUCUCAAACGCUCCUUCGAAGCCGACGACGACGACAUGUCCGCCAAGCCUCCACCGGCGAAGAAGAUAAGGUAUCCGAAAGGCAAGAAGGUGAAGCCGGAGGCCGAACAAGCCAGAGCCGCGGGCGGCGAUGCGGUGGCCCCGACGCCGAUGAACGACCCUAGCCUGGCGGCGAAAAAGAGGGCAAAGGAGAGGGCGAGGGAGAAGGAGCUGGCGGAGGCGCAGAUUCGCAGCAGCGAAAUCGCCAAGAUCUUGAGGGAGGCUGACUCAGGCCCCGCCGAGAAGAUCAAAUCGGACUACAAGAACUUCGUCGAGGACGGCAUUCAGUUCGACCCGUUCAACUUGGAGAAGGAGAGGGAAGAAGGCUAUUUCGACGCCGACGGGAAUUUCGUCGAGUAUGUGGAGCAGAAUAUCAAGGACGCUUGGUUUGACAGCCUUGACAAAGCUGUUGAUCCAGAAACCACCAGGGAAUUUGCUGAGAAAUACGGCGACGGUGGCGACGGCGAAGAUGAUGAAGCUGCGCAGGAUUUGAGUUCGGAGGAGAUUGGGAAGAUCAAGAGGCGAAUUGCGGAUGCGCUGGAGCCGGGGGAGACUGUGCUGCAGGCUCUGAGGAGGCUCAAGGGGAACAAGAAGGAGAAGAUGUCGGCGGAGACGAAGGCGGUGUUUGAUCAGCUGACUGAGGAUGCUUUGAUGCUGAUGAUGAAGAAUGGGGAGAACAAUGUGUAUGAUGAGGAGAAGGAGGUUUUCGAGAGGGAGGCGCAGGGGUAUGAGACCUUGGCUAGGGUGAGAAUGGGAGAAGGGAAGUCCAUACUGGAGGACAUGGAGAGUGAUGCUGGGGCUUUGAAUCCCAUUGCGUCCAUUGGUGCUGUUGAUGGUGCCGUGGCUGAUGAUGAUGCUUUUGACAUGUUUGGCGAUGAUGAUCAGCCUGCUGCUGCUGCUGCGCCGGGAUUGGAGGCCAAUGGUGGGGGAAUGGGGAAUGACUAUGCGUUUGAUGAAGGGUCCGGUUACUAUUACAGUUUCAGCUUGGGGUAUUAUUACGAUCCGAAUACUGGGUUGUACUGCUCGGCUGUUUCGGGGUUGUGGUACUCGUACAAUGAGGAGACUGGGGCAUAUGAUGAAGUUGCACACCAGGCACCUGAGGCCACGGCAGCUGCUGUGAAUUGAGUAAGGAAGAGCUGAAGAGAUCUGCUGCUUCUGCGAGUUUUGUGCAAAGUUUGUAAUAGUUGAAUACCA